GGUGAGAAGGGGUAACAGGUCUGAGUGGGGGAUAGAAGGGGAGGAAGGUGGAAAGAGGAAUUUUUUUCCUGGAAGGUGUAUUCAAUACUCGUACCAUCAGUUUGAAGUACCCAGACUUCAUAAGGCAUUGCUCCUUGACCCUGAGGGUGGCCUCUACUUGGCAUCUCCUGCCUGACAGUAGUGGGUCAAAGCCAUUGUUAAGGCCUUGCACCUUAUUGUCCACCUGCACUGCACUCUCUCUGUAACUGUGACACUUUAUUCUGCAUCAUUAUUGUUCUGCCUCAGUGCACUGAGUGACGAUCUGAUCUGGUGAACAGUGUGCAAGACUUUUUUUGCCAUAUCUCCGUACGUGUAAUAAUAAUAAACCAAUCUGCCAAAUUGCCUCAAGAAGACAGCAUCCAUCACUAAGGACCCCGUCACCCAGGACAUGCCUUCUUCCCAAUGCUACCAUCAGGGAAGAGGAACAGGAGCCUCAAGGAUUCAGGAACAGUUACUCUCCCUGCACCAUCUGAUUUCUUCAUGGUCAGGAACCCAUGAACACUACUGGAAUUUGUGGUAAUUUGUGGCAGUACUGCUGUUGCAUACAAUCUACUUCACGACACUUGUCAGAGGAAACAAACCAGAUUCCAAUUUAAACAUUGGUGGUGCAUGCUGCUCUCAAGUCUAAUGUUAUUUCAGACAAAAAAAGCCCAAUUGACCAUUCAGCCUCCCCAGUUAACAAAAGAUGAUUUUUUAUUUCAAUCGAUUCUCCCUGUAAUCUGCCCCGUAACUCUCCCCUUACCAACAAACCUAUCAAUCUCAGCCUUAAAUGCACCCAUGAAUUUGGCUCCCAGAGCCACUAACGGCAACAAAUUCGCCACCCUUCAGCUGAAGAAAUUCCUCCCCAUCUCCAUUCUAAAUGGAGGUCCACUGUUCCUGAGACUGUAUCAUUGAUGGAAUGGACUGUAUCCCAUUGUUGUAAGUAUCUUCUCUACAUCCACUCUGCCCUCGGCUUUUCACGUCUGGGAGGCUUCAAUGAGAUCUCAACCACACAUGUGAUAUCUGAUCCAAGGUGGGUGUUGGGGGGAGCUUCACUCUGUGUUUGACCCUGGGAGUGUGUGAUGGGACGGUGUGGAGGGAGUUUCACUCUGUGUCUGACCCCAGGAGUGUGUGAUGGGAUGGUGUGGAGGGAGUUUCACACUGUGUCUGACCCCGGGAGUGUGUGAUGGGACAGUGUGGAGGGAGUUUCACUCUGUGUCUGACCCCAGGAGUGUGUGAUGGGACGGUGUGGAUCAAGCCUCACUCUGUCUCUCUCCCCCUUACUCCCCUUGUCCUAAACCUCUCCCUGCUUUCCUUCAUCUCUCUCCUCCCUCUCUCCCUGUCCAUCCUCCCUCUCUCCCCACUCUCUCCUUCCGUCUCCCUACCCCCGGGGGAAGGGGGCGGGGACACCCCGGGUUCAGGGGUCACGCCGCUGCCGCCAUGUCGCUGAGCGGCUGCUGUUUGUAAAUAGAGGCGUGCGAGAGGACGCAAGCACCCGAGGCCGGGGUCUGGGGCCCAGCCAGGCCCGUGGCUCCCAAGGGGGGGCAGGAGCACCAGCAGUAGGAGGAACAACAGCAACCCGGGGCGAAGAACGGCAGGGGAGGCCGGCGCACGCUUGAGGCCCAGGCCACAGGGCCCGAGCCGAGCCUCAGCGCCGAAACCUCUACUGCCGCUGCCGUCCCGGUUCCGGGAGCGCGGAGGACCGGCACCAGGAAAGGCGACCAAGCUAGGAGGUUCCACGGCUGAGGACCGAGGGCCCUGAGAGGAUCUACGGAAUUUGGGAGGACCGAGGUUCGGAAGCUGGGAGGACUGAGGGUCCUGGAGGACCGGGGACCGGCGGGAGGACUAAGAGCGGGGAAAACCGAGGGGUGGCGGGAGGACUGGCAUGGACGCCGCUUGGAGCAGCUUCAUCUUCCCGCCGACUUCAUCUGAAACUCCCACAACUCUUCAGCCUGACUUUCUUCCCAUCCUGGGCUCCCCCCCUGAGAAAGGGGCGGCCCCCCCUCCAGCACCCCCUCCUCCUCCACCCACUACACCGGCUCCGGGACCGGAUGAUGAGAGGGAUAAGGAGAGAAGGGGUGGGACACCAGAGGCGGCCCCUGCACCCCGCACCCGCCCACGGGGUCCCUUCAUCUGCCCCCUCUGUGGGAAGCACUUCAAGAACAGCUAUAACCUGAGGCGUCACCAGGGGACCCACCGAGCGGGGGCCAGGAGGGCCCCUACCUCCUCGCCCUCCUCCCCCAGCCCCCCUCCCCGGCCGCCCAGGAAGGAGCACAGCUGUGAGCUCUGUGCCAAGGCGUUUCGCGAUGUGUACCACCUGAACCGUCAUCGGCUCUCGCACUCUGAUGAGAAACCCUUCGAGUGCCCCGUCUGCCAGCAGAGGUUCAAACGCAAGGAUCGCAUGAGCUACCAUGUCCGCUCGCACGAGGGCGGCGUUCACCGACCCUACGGCUGCAGCCACUGCGGCAAGGGCUUCUCCAGACCUGACCACCUCAAUAGUCACAUCCGGCAGGUCCACUCGACAGAGAGACCCUUCAAGUGUCAGACAUGUACAGCUGCGUUUGCCACAAAGGACCGUCUCCGUGCCCACAUGAUCCGACAUGAAGAGAAGGUCCCAUGUCACGUUUGUGGGAAACUACUGAGUGCGGCCUACAUCACCGACCACAUGAAGGUUCACAACGACAGCCCCAAUCACACAUGUGACAUCUGUAACAAAGGAUUCACCACGGCUGCCUAUCUCAGGGUUCAUGCCCGCAAGCAUCAUGGCAUUACGAUGAUCCAGCCGUACCGACUGGUUUGCGAGCAGUGCGGUGUGUUCUGCCACACCCAGGUCCAACUGAACGGCCACAAGGGCACGCACGUCCGCGCGGUGGAACCGAUAGUGGACGAUCGCUCCUGCAGUACUGACACACAGGGACCGUUUCUGCACUGACCAGGUGAGGCUGUGUCCUGUCUCUCAGUUCCUGCUCUCCAUCCUCUGGGACGGAGUUUCUCACUACUGGAUCCAGAGACGCUGAUCAGGCCAAAACCUGAACUCAUCGCUGCCCGACCCUCUGCCCCAGGCAGUACACAGAGAGGGUGGGGGAGAGAGUGAGAGAGCGAGGGGUAGGGGGAGGGAGAGAGAGAGAGAGAUGGCGGAGGUUUGAGAGAAGAGGUGGAGAGAGUCUGGGAGAAGAGUGAGAGAUGGAGGGAUUGGGAGACAGAAAUUGGGAAUGAGUGGAGGGGUUGGGAGAGAGAGAGAGAGAGAGACAGGAAAGUGGGAGAGGUGUGAAUGGUGGAGGAGAUUGUAGAAGAGGGGAGAGAACAUGGGGUGCUGAUGGGAGAGCAUGAGAGGGAGAGAGGGAAAGCGGGGAUAGAGACUAAGAGUUGGUGAGAGUGCAGAGGGGGAGGUGAGAAGCAGAGUGAGGGGGUAGGUGGUGGUUAAGGGGUGGAGGGAGAUGGAGGAUGGAAUUGUGCAGAGAAGCAGUGGGGUGCUGCGUCUGGAGGCGGAGGCUCUCCAUUGUUCAGGGAGGUAGAGAAGCAUCUGAGGCAUUGAUGGUUAAUGGGGUGGAGAGAGUUGUGAAAGGGGGGUGUAUGAAGGAAAAAGGUGGAAUGUGAUGGUAUGAGUGGAGAGGGGGAGUGAGCGUGGGUGGGGGAGUGUGUAAAUGUGGGGGUGAGAUAGAGAUGGGUAAGGGGAGAGUGAGUGAGGAGGAGAAUAGGAGAAAGUAGUGGAGUGAGUGGGGUGAUCACUCCGUGACGGUUCAUCUCUGGGGAAGGAGGGGCUGGGUGGCUCCCUUGUCCUGGGGUUGGUGGGUCAGACCCCUGUCUCUAACAGGGACGGGGGAAAAGAUGGGGUAGUGGAGGGAAGUGGUUCUGAGGGAGAUUCCUGCUGCGAUCGUGCUUUUAUUCUGGGGCAGGGGAGGGUGGGUU